CAUAGGUGCGGAUUCAAAGAUGGCGGAGGAGGAGAACCAGUUUGAAGAAUUUGAGCAAAUAGACUUUUUAAGAGAUAGACAUGUACGGUUCUUUCAGAGGACACUGCAGGUGUUGCCCGAGAGAUACGCGUCGCUGGAGACCACUAGGUCAACUAUUAUAUUUUUUGCCCUUUCGGGUCUGGAUGUCCUAGAUGCCCUCGAUAUGAUCGACAGGAACCUCAUGAUUGAGUGGAUCUAUUCACUACAGGUUCUGCCCACAGAGGACCAAUCUAACCUGAGCCGAUGUGGAUUUAGAGGAUCAUCACAUAUUGGAAUUCCUUACAGCACGAAGGGUCCAGGUGUGCUCCAUCCGUACGACAGCGGCCACGUGGCCAUGACUUACACCGGACUGUGCUCACUGCUAAUACUUGGGGAUGACCUGAGUCGGGUGAACAAACAGGCCUGUCUGGCCGGUCUCAGAGCGCUGCAGCUGGAAGACGGCAGUUUCUACGCCGUGCCGGAGGGAAGUGAAAAUGACAUCCGGUUUAUUUACUGUGCAGCCAGUAUCUGUUACAUACUGGAUGACUGGUCAGGCAUGGACAUCCAGAAAGCUAUUGAGUAUAUCCGAGGAAGUUUGUCGUACGACAACGGGUUCGGCCAGGGAGCCGGCAGAGAGUCACAUGGGGGCUGGACGUACUGCGCCAUCGCCUCCCUGUGUCUGAUGGGCCGCCUGGAGGAGGCGCUGAGUCAGCGGGAGCUGGACAGGAUCCGCCGCUGGUGCAUCAUGAGGCAGCAGAGCGGUUUCCACGGACGGCCCAACAAACCUGCAGACACGUGCUACUCUUUCUGGGUGGGAGCCACUCUAGAGCUGUUAGACGUUUUCCAAUACACAAACUUUGACAGAAACAGGAGCUUCAUCCUCUCCACGCAGGACCGGUUAGUGGGAGGCUUCGCCAAGUGGCCUGACAGUCAUCCAGACCCCCUCCAUGCCUACUUAGGACUUUGUGGCCUCUCUCUGAUCGGAGAGCCGAGCCUGCGAAAGGUCCACCCAGCUCUUAACAUCACCCAGAGAGCCUUUCAGCACCUCCAGCAGCUGCAGCAGACGUGGAAGAACGGCGCCGGCAGCUGCGGCCGACAGCACUGACAGCGGGACGACCAACGGCUCCGAACAGGUUCAGCGCCGAGGAGCGAGCGCCUCUCCGUUCACCAGCCAGAGGCGAAACCAGACUUCUGCUGUGUAACUCAAAAGCCAUUCGGCCGCUCCUCCGCUUGACGUUUUCCUCAUUUCUGGAAUCGAGAAAGUCGUCAGAAGUCCAUCUGAAAGCAAGUUUUCCAUUGAGCAAUAUACGCCGCACUUUUUCGCUGCCUUGUUAUUUAGUGCACAUAUAGUCAGUUGUUGGAAGAAGAAAAAAAAAAACGACGUGCCACAAAGUCAAAUUUGAGUUGCUGGAAACUUGAAGAAAUUCCAGAUGCCUCUGUUUUUGCAAACUUUGUCAUAUGAUGGCCUUUUGUAGCCACUGGCUCAUUAGCUUCAGCACUGUAGUUAGCCUCACCGUCCCAGCCAAGGAUCAACACAGCCAGCGCCGUGUGAAAGUUAUUUAUUGAUCAUCCGAGGGUUCGGAUCCGGAAGAGGCAAAGGAAGUAUCAGAGCUGUGUUUUUAACCUGGAGUCACAUCAGUAACAGUGAUUUUGCUUUUGUUGCGGUUUCAUUGUCAUUUUUAGGUAAAACACAGGCUCAUGCUUUCAUUCAAAGGUCCAGUAUGUUUUUUUCCACUUUAAAUGAAUAAGCUUAUGAAAGAAAUCAGCCAUAAUCCCAUUCAAUUAAUGUGGGUGUGCUGCUGUUAUACUGACGUCAGCAAGCUAAAACCAGAUAGGUCGUCAAAUCUUGUACAUCCAGCAUCUAGUCCUUCGUCUUCCAAUUAAACAAUUAGCAGGUUUUUUUUUUUUGUUUGUUUGUUUUUUUAGUACACAAAUCUGUUUUGAUCAAACAUCAAAAGAGCUGGACUGUUGACACAUUAACUACUGUACUUAAUAGUUAAACAUAAUUUACAUUUUACCUACUGCACCUUUAAAGACGAAGCCAUUCAAGCCAUUUUAUUGUUGUUUUUGCAUAUAUCAACUGUUUGCAAUACACCUCAGUGACAUGGCUUAUUUCAGGACAAAACCACCCUUUUUUGUUUGCAUUUUUCUGAAGACAAGCAGAAACAGAUUGAGCCUCUUAAGUUGUAGAAAUCUCUUUGAUUCCCGCCCUGAGGGAGCUCGAGAGUCUGCAACGAUCCCGCAUCCCGAGGCUCAUGAACACUGUGCUCAAUACUCCCUUCAAGAGGCAAAUCAAUAGCAGAGAGAUAAGACAAUGGCUUCAUAACUUGAGGAAACGUGUUUCUUUGAUCUGCAUUGGGAAUUGAUGCGUUAUUUUUGGUAUAGAAAGGAUGCAGGGCAAAAAAAAACAAAACAAAGAACAAUGAACGUGAACGGAGUUUACCGCUGAGGGUCAGGAAACAGAAGCAGCUGUGUGAGUCCAGGCUAUCUGCUCCCAGACUCUGCAUCGCCAUCUCUGUUCAGUCCAGACCAUCUGAUGCUCAUGGGCAUGGCGUGAACUCCAGCAUGUCAUCUCGGAUGCAGAAUUUAAAAUCAUAUCUUUUCAUCUGCCUGGAAUAUAUAAAGCGAUUGUGUUUCAGAGUGACGAGACAGACUGGCUACAAUCUAAGUAACGCUUGCUGAGGUUUGUUUCCAGUGUGAAGCUCCUUUCAAGCGAUCAUAUAGCAUUUCUUCCCUUGACCUGAGUCACAAACUGGAAUGACAGAGUUUUAAAUGUCAAACGAUAUCCUGACAUUUAAAUUCUUUGUCUGCUGCCUUUGCAUCGGCUCUGAUUCCCGGCUUCACUGAUUCCUCCUGAAGCCCCGCCCUUUUAUUCUCUCUCCACUGUCUCGGCGAACACCUGCUCCCUCUGUCUGAGGAGGUUUUUGUUUGGAGCAGCAGGUCAGAAAAUGCAGUUACCUGCAUCGUGCUACCUGCAGGAGCUUUCUGUGUAUCUCGCCUGCAGCCAAAUAAUCAAAUCCUCUCUGGUUUUUAUUCCUCCACGGAAGAUAAAGCUACCCUUGUUUUUCUUUCCCACCAGCGUGCUCUGCUUUUUUUUUUUUUUUUUUUUUUUUUUAAGGUUAGGAGGCAGAGCAGGCAGACUGAGGAAAGGAGAGAAGAGGUGAAUAAAUAAAUAAUCUGAAGCAUCUAUUAUUAAAAGUACACUGUCGAAGGCUGGAGUCUCUCUCUCUCUGAACCCAAACCGAAGCCCUCCCACCCCCUCCGAUGUUCUCCAGCCUUGUUUUGGUGCACAGACCAAUGCUUUUCAGUCAGUAAGAUGCUCCUUACUGUAGGCUUUGCUGACAUUUUACCCUCAUCGACCUUUUUCCGUGACGUAUCAUGUUGUUUUCCUGGCUGUGUUGAUGCUGUCACAUGUACAGUCAGGUUCCACUUCCAGUAUUCAUGUUUUUUUUUUCAGAUUUUGCACCUGCUGCAUUGAGCCUCAGACACAAGAAAUGUGAAGAUUCUAAUUCAUGCAAGUUGUUUUUUUUCCCUCUCUCUCUCUCUCUUUGUAGUCAACAUGAAAUACCUUAUAGAUCUGUAUCAAUAAUUAUGAGGUCUACUUUUUUUUCUGUCCUGAAUCCAAUACGGAAAAAUGCACUGAAAGCAAACUGCUGCUUCUGCAGCUGCUGAGUCGGAUCAAUUGAAAUCCAGUGAUCUGGCGUCCCAUGCAUCUCCUGACCUGACAUUUACUCCUCAUGCAGGUUCUUUUGGUUGCAUGUCUGCCCUCAGUGUGCGUGGUCUCACAGCUCAAACUUGACUUCAAAAUGUGCCUCAUGCAGCAUCGUCGUGGGUCACUGCUCUCUGAAUGCUCCUGCUCUCAAUAUGCUAAAAGUCAG